AUGGCUGACAUAGCUUCCGAUGAACCACAUGAAGAAGAACUGCAAAGAGAUGCUGAAGGUGCACCAGAAACCGAAACUGAUCAGGAAAGAAAUAUUCCUGAAGAGAUGGAAUUGCAACAUUCACCACAAAUGGACGAAUCAGAUAUUGCUGAAAUGAGUAUGAUUGCUGCACAAAUAGAAAGUGCUGAGGAUUUUAAUUUGACGUUUGAGUUAAGUCUAAACUUCAUUUAUUAA